AUGGCUGUCGCGAACGGCGGUGCGCCCGCAGAGGCCGCGGCAGCGCUUGAAAAUCUCAAGCCGCCGCCUGGUGUCAUCAUCCCUCCGCCGGGCGAAAUCCGCGAGGCGAUCGAGAAGACGGCCGGUUACGUGAUGCGCGGAGGCGCGGGCCUCGAGCAGCGAAUUCGCGACAACCACGGAAAGAACCCGAAAUUCAAUUUCUUGAUGUCAAGCUCCGACCCAUACAACGCGUACUACGAAUGGCGCAAGGAGGAGAUUAAGUCGGGGAGGGGCACGGCGCUCGCGGCAGGUCGCGUCGGCGAGGCGGCUGCUCCCGCCCAAGAGAAGCCCGCGGGGCCGCCGAAGCCGCCUGAUUUCCAGUUCUCAGCCCGUAUGCCUCGAAUGAGCCAGAAAGACUUGGAGAUUGUGCGACUAACUGCCUUGUUCGUCGCAAAGAAUGGGCGCCCCUUUUUGACUCAGCUUGCCCAGCGUGAGGCGAGCAACCCUCAGUUCCAGUUUCUGAUGCCCAACCACACGUUCCACAACUUCUUCCAGAGCAUGGUUGACCAGUAUUCCAUCCUCUUACGCGAGAGCGGCGUCAACGGCGAAGGGAGCAAGGCGCAGCAGGAGCGCGUUGAUCAGCUGCGGCAAAACGUGGCGGACAAAUACAAGGUUCUAGCGCGCGCGAAGCAAAGGGCAGCAUAUGCCAAGUGGCAGGAAGCCGAGAAGGCUAAGCAAGAAGAGGAGGAAGAGAAGAAAAAGGUUGAAUUCGCGCGAAUCGACUGGAACGACUUCGUCGUCGUGGAGACCAUUGUCUUCAACGAGGCCGACGACCAAGCCAACCUUCCACCUCCGACGACGCUCAACGACCUCCAAUAUGCCUCGUUGGAAGAGAAGAACAAGGUAUCUGUCAGCUCUACCCUUCGCAUCGAGGAGGCCUUCCCCUUUGAAGAUACAAAUUACAACGCCUACCCGGUCCAAACAUACGGCGCGCAACCUCCUGCUGCUCAACCCGCCCCAGCGGGGCCCGCAUACCCAACUACCAAUGCCCCACCCCCCCAGACAUACGGAGCCUCUAUGCCCUUAGCCUCUCGCACAAGGUCUACCGAGGAGGAGUCGGAGGCGCAGAGGAUACAGGAGAGGGAACAAGAUCGGGUUCGGGUGCAGCAGGCGCAGUCUGAGGCACGGGGCGGUGCGGCGCCAAUGAAGAUCAAGGAGAACUAUGUCCCACGCGCAGCGCAACGAGCAGCGAACAAGUUUGGCACACAGACAGCGAUGUGUCCAAAUUGCAAACAACAAAUACCACUCAGCGAGAUGGACGAGCAUAUGAGAAUCGAACUUCUUGACCCGCGGUGGAAGGAACAAAAGGCCAAGGCGGACGCCAGGUUUGCCACGACCAACCUGUCUACUGUGGACGUAGCCAACAACCUCAAACGCCUCGCCAGCCAGCGGAGCGAUGUGUUUGACACUACGACGGGCCAGCCCAUCUCCGAAGAGGAGCUGGCCCGGAGGAAGAAGGUUGCACUGCACGCGUUUGACGGGAACCCGGAUGGCAAGAGCCAGGCCCAUAUCAACCAGCUGCAGACUUUCAACCUUGACGAGCAGAUUCGGGCGAUUCAUCAGAAGUUUGCACCCGAGAAGAAAUGA